UCACCCUCUCUCUGUCGUCCCCUGUCGCCGACUUCUGCGGUUCUGUCUGCUCUUCCCCCUACAUCCAGUCUCUUCCUGUCGUUCCUUGUGCUUCCCAGUGACACCGCCAUGGAUCGCUCAGGGUUACUGUCGCACGCGUCGCCGUCGAGGCGUCCAACGGCUCUCGCCUACGUUCCCGUGGCGCUGACCUUGGGAUUGUUCACGAUCGUCUUUUGCGCGCGGCUCUUUUCCGAACCCGGCGGGGACGGCUCAGCUUUGAACGGUCACGAUGCGAGCAAUCUGAACGGCGGCGGUUUUCUUCCGAAGCUCUUCUCGCUCGUGUCGAAUGACAGCCUGGCGCUCCACCUCCGGGAGCUCACGGCCAAUCCGCACAUCGCGGGCACCCCUGAAAACUUUGAAACUGCCCGUUACGUCAAGGAGAGAUUCGAGUCGUACGGCCUCAAGGCGCACCACGCCGACUACCCCGUGUUGCUCUCCUACCCGCUUCGUCAAUCCCUCCGUCUCGUGCGCCCCGUCGCCCUCAACUUCUCGCUGCGCGAGCAGCCCGUCCACGGCGACCCGUAUAGCGCCUCACGCGCUGCCACCGACCCUUUUAACGCGUAUUCUGGAAGCGGGAGGGUCGGCGGAGGGCCUGAGUGGGCGAGGAGGAGUCCGGAGGAGAGAAAGAGAGAGGGGGUGGAGGGCGCGGAGGGCGCGAGAGGGAAGCCUGGGCGGGAAGCGGCGGAGGGGGGGGGGAAGGAGCGGAGGGAGAGGCGGGAGGAGCAGAGGUGGUGUACGCGAAUUACGGGCGGAUGGAGGAUUUUGAAGAGCUGGUGGCGGCGAUUGGGAGGGAGAAGGUGACAGGCACAGUGGCGCUGAUCCGUUAUGGGAAGACCUUUAGAGGGGAUAAGGUUCGGAAUGCGGAGAAGUUCGGCGUGGCGGCGGUGCUGCUGUACUCGGACCCAGCGGACUAUGCACCAGAGGGCACGGACGCCUCUCACGUGUACCCCCAGGCGGAAUGGCUGCCAGCCACUGGCGCGCAGCGAGGCACCGUGUACACAGGCAAGGGCGACCCUGCCACCCCCGGCUGGCCGUCCCACCCAGGAGGGGAGAGGCUGAGCGACGAGGAAACAGCCAAGCGGCUACCGCGCAUCCCAGUGCUGCCGGUGUCGUACUCCGUUGCUGCUGGCAUUAUGGCGCACAUGGGGGGAGCGGCCGUGGCGGAGGGGUGGGGGGGAGGGAUGGAGGGCGUGCAGUAUGUGCUCGGGCCCGGGCCUGCUGCUGUUGACAUGGACGUGCAGAUGAACGCCACAGUCACCACCAUCCGCAACGUCAUUGGUGUUUUGCCAGGCAGCCACCAGGCAAACAGGUACAUCAUCCUAGGCAACCAUCGCGAUGCAUGGGUGUUUGGGGCAGCAGACCCCAACAGCGGCACCACGUGUCUGCUCGAGGUCGCGCGUGCCUUUGGCCACAUGGCAGCGCGUGGUUGGUCGCCGCGCCGCUCCAUUGUGUUCGCCAGCUGGGACGCUGAGGAGUAUGGAUGUCUUGGGUCAACGGAGUGGGCGGAGGACAACGCCCCUGUGCUAGCCACUAAAGCCAUCGCCUAUAUCAACGUGGAUGUGGCGGUGGGGGGAGGGGGCUUCCACGCCUCCGCCACCCCUCAGCUUGAUGACCUCAUCCGUGACGUCAGCAGCCAGGUGGCCAAUCCCGAUGGCCCGGCCGGCCAGUCGCUAUUGGAGGGAUGGGCGGCUGAGCACAACGUGUCAGAGCCUGAGUUGGGCCGACUCGGAGGCGGAGGCAGCGACUACGCAGCAUUCCUGCAGCACCUUGGGAUUGCCGCCGCUGACACACAUUUUGGAGGAUCCUACCCCAUGUACCACAGCGUGUACGACAACUACCAUUGGAUGGCCACCUUUGCCGAUCCACUCUUCAAGCGCCACGUGGCAGUGGCUAAGAUGAUGGCUGGCGUGGCUGCCAGGCUGGCAGGCGACCACCGCCUUCCUUUCAACUACAGCGCGUAUGCCGCCCACCUGGGGCGUGACGUGGCAAGGCUGCAGUCUGACCUGGCAUCACAAGGCGCCCCGCCCUCUCUCUCUGUGGAUCCCCUCCUUGUCUCCGUCUCUCGCCUCCUGGCUGCCGCUCAGAGCAUUGACACAGAGGCUCAGCACAUCACUGCCAGCAGCAGCAGCAGCAGGUGCACGCGAGGCAGGGCAUGCCCCAUGGAGGGCGCAUCUGGGGAAGGUGCCAACUGCGGGUCGUCCAAGGCAAUGGAUGGGGUGAACGAGCGGCUGUUCCUGGCAGAGAGGGGGUUCCUGGACGGGCAUGGGAUCGGGCCUCACUACACGUGGUUCAAGCACCUGGUGUACGGCCCUGAGAAGGACAACGACUACGCCACGUCGCCAUUCCCUGGAAUCCGAGAUGCCAUUGCUGAUGUCAUAAACAGCAACUCCCCCAGGAAGGAGCUUUUCUCUCGCCGCGCUGCGCUGGAUGCUGAGAGCGCUGCUGCUACCGGUGUGGAGGUUGGGACGAGCAGUGCCAAUGAUAGGGAGAGUGACAGUGAGGGGAGUGACAGUAACGGAGAUCAGGAGGGAUGGAAGGCAGUGCAGCAUGAGAUUUUCCGGGCGGCAAGGGCUAUUGAGCGGGCGGCCAAGAUCCUUGAGGGGCAGCUGCUGUGAGGGGGUGCUGUGAAGCGCAGGUGCUGUGAAGAGCAGGUGCUGUGAAGAGCAGGUGCUGUGAGGAGCAGGUGCUUGGAAGGUGUGCUGUGAUGGAGUUUGCAUGCAUGCUUUGAGGCGCCUCGAGUUAAGGACCCCAAUCAUUGAGCUGGCAACAUUGAUCCUUGCAGGGCAGCUAGUUUGAGCUGCAAUGGUGUGUGCUGUGCAUUGCUGCAGUCGCAUGGUUGUGCUGUGCUGCAUGCGUUGGGUUCGGGUGGGGCUUAUGCAGUGUCUCGCUGCACUAGCAAGCAGUGUUAUGCAGGCAUUAUACUUCUGAAAGCACAUGGUACUAUUAUUAAAAGCAGCGCAGGACCAGCAAGGUUACUAUGCUGAGGCAAUAGCUUCCCAUAGUGUGCAAUACAUGUAGUCCACGAAA